GGUAAACUCCACCAUGGCGGCGAGAGGCCAUGUGCAAGACCCCAACGACAGGCGGCUCAGACCCAUAUACGAUUAUCUUGAUAAUGGCAACAAUAAGAUGGCGAUACAGCAGGCAGAUAAACUGCUGAAGAAACAUAAAGAUCUGCAUUGUGCCAAGGUCCUAAAGGCCAUCGGUCUUCAGAGGACCGGGAAGCAGGAUGAAGCUUUCACUUUGGCCCAGGAAGUGACAACUCUGGAGCCCACCGAUGACAACUCGUUACAGGCUCUGACCAUCCUGUACAGAGAAAUGCAUCGCCCGGAGUUGGUCACCAAACUGUACGAAGCUGCGGUGAAGAAGGUUCCUCUCAGCGAGGAGUAUCACUCUCACCUGUUCAUGGCGUACGCUCGUGUGGGCGAGUACAAGAAGAUGCAGCAGGCAGGAAUGGCUUUGUAUAAAAUCGUCCCCAAGAAUCCGUAUUACUUCUGGUCUGUCAUGAGUCUGGUGAUGCAGGCCGUCUCAGCACAAGAUGAAAAACUGGCCCAGACCAUGUUUCUGCCUCUGGCUGAACGCAUGGUAGAGAAAAUGGUCAAAGAGGAAAAGAUUGAAGCAGAAGCAGAGGUGCAGCUGUAUUAUAUGAUCCUGGAGCGUUUGGGAAAGUGUGUCGAGGCUCUUGAAGUGAUCAGAGGUCCACUCGGGGAAAAGCUGACCAGCGAGCUGCAGAGCCGAGAAACCAAAUGUAUGAUGCUUUAUCAGCGGCUGCAGCGCUGGCCCGAGUGUAACGCCCUGGCUCACAAGCUGCUGCUCAAAAAUCCUGAUGAUUGGCAGUUUUAUCCUUCCUACUUCGACUCUCUCUUCCAUCUGAUCGAUCAGUCGUGGAGUCCGCCGGAGGAAGGAGAACACUGUUCGGAAGGAGCGGUUCAUUACACUGUGGCUGAGGUCAUAAGGUUUGUGGAAGAAAGAAUUAAAGGGGAGGACGGCAAAGAGUCUCGCUCGCUCAGAGGACCCUACUUAGCUCGGCUUGAAUUAAUACACAGACUGAGAGAACGAGGCUGUCCUGAAGAAAGCCUGCUCGGUGAGCCUUUAGAGUUGAUGGUGCAGUUCUUCGGGAAGUUCGGAGACAAACCGUGCUGCAUCACUGACCUAAAAAUAUACCUUCACCUGCUUUCUGCUGACCAGCACGUUCAGUUCAUUAACCGUCUGAGUGAAGCGGUGCCGCUCGGGGAGCAGGGAGACGAUGGAUUCGCUUUCCCAGACGACACCAAAGCGCUGCAGAGGCAUUUGUGUGUGUGUCAGCUGAGCCGCGCGCUCGGACUGCAUCAGCGACUCGACGUGGACGGAAAACUGCGGCUCAUCACGGAGCUCAAAGCUCACUAUCAUCACGGGCUGAAGUUUGGGAAAACCGCUCUGAAGACGGAGCUGCAGUUCUCUGAUAUGUAUUGUCUCAUGGCAGCUCAUGUAUAUGUCGACUUAUGGAUGGACACCAGGGAUGAAAACAUGGUGUGGCAGUGUUUGGGGCUCCUGCAGGAAGGAUUGACUCACAGCGCCUCCAACGCUCAGUUCAAGCUGCUGCUGCUGCUCCUCUACUGUCGUCUGGGAGCCUUCGAGCCCGUCGUGGAUCUUUACUCCAGUUUAGACGCCAAACACGUACAGCACGACACCAUCGGGUUUCUGUUAACACGUUACGCUGAGUCGUUGGGUCAGUUCGCUGCAGCCUCCCAGUCCUGUAACUUCUCCCUCAGGUUUUUCCACUCUAACCAGAAAGAUACCUCAGAGUAUAUCAUCCAGGCGUAUAAAUACGGAGCGUUUGAGAAAAUCCCAGAGUUUAUCGCUCUCAGGAACAGGUUGAACCAAUCGCUGCACUUUGCCCAAGUCCGCACAGAGAGGAUGCUGCUGGACCUGUUCCUCGAGGCAGAUAUUGUGUUGAGUCUGGAGGAGAGUGUGAAGGCCAUGUCUUUGUCUGCAGAGGAGGACGACAUCCCCUGGGAUAAUAUGAGGGACAACAGAGACCUUACUGUUUUUACCAGCUGGGACCCAAAAGAGAGAAGUCUAACUGAGGAGCACAGACGUCGCUCUCUGGAGGAGGAGACCGUCUGGCUGCGGAUACGCUCCCUGACGCUUCGCCUCCUCGCCUCUUUGGCCACGCUGGGACACACGCCGUCGCCACAGAACUCCGAGGUCCCCAACGAGAACGGCGUCGGGGACAAGACCUCGAUCCUCGGCAGCCUGCUCGCUCAGCUCAACCAGAAUCUGCAGGCGGCGGCUCAGAUAGCAGAGAAACGCACCCAGUAUCCAUUCCUGGGGCCGCCCUCCACCCGCCUGGCCGCGGCUCUGUCCAGUGGGAGCUGUCAGUGUCAGGCUGCGGCCUUCCAGCUGUCUGUCCACCUGCAGGAGCUGGAGACCUUCGGACUCGACGAGUCCUCCGAGCUUCAAACACAGAUCUGUAACGCUUUCAAAUCAUUAGUAGUUCAGCUUCAAGAAAUUCUGAAUAAAUGCAAAGGGGAUUUAUUGGAAAUGAAAGAGGGCAAAUUAAAAACCUGGCCCUCCUUAUUAGAAACCCUAGUCUUCUUUGUUGAGGCGGUGUGCAUAGUCUUGUGGAUGGCUAGUUACUGUGCGAAGAUCCUCCGACCACUCAAGACAAGUCUACAGAAGAAGAAGAAGAAGAAAAAGGAUACAAACACAGCUCUGCCAGCGGUGAUGUGUGGCUUCCAGGAACUGACGGGAGGCUUGCAGGACCUGCUUAACCAGGCUGUGGAGCAUAUAAAGGAGCAAGAGACCGGCAUCACGGCCCUUAAACUGGCCAGUUUAACUUUGGAAGGAAACACAGAGGAGGAAGCGUCAUUUGCGAAGGCUGCUAUGGACAAAGUGCACAGCAGUUACCUGCGCUCGCUACAGGAAGUGGGAGAUCUGCUGAAGAAGAGAGCAGAAACUCUAAAGAGCCUCAAGAUCUGAACACCAUCAAACACACACACACACACACACACACACACACACACACACACACACACACACACACACACACACACACACACACACACACACACGAACCCCCCACCACCCACUCCUGAAUCAAGAUGACUGUACACCCACCAUGAGCCCCUCCACCACCUCUUCUUCCUCUCCUCCUCCUCCUCCUCCUCCUCCUCCCACCACCUCUAGCCCCCCAGCUAACCCACUUGUCCUCUUCUUCCUCCUCUUCCUCGCUGGUCCAACAAACCUUCCUCCUCUCCUCCUCCUCUUCCUCCUGCUGCUGCGUCUUUCUCACUGUUUUUGUGAGUUUGAGAGCUCUCAGUCUGGAUUUCUCCUUUUUUUAACUCUUUUUUUCUUAUCUUUUUUUUUUUUAAGUUUCUAUCUCUCUCUCUUUCACUCACUUCAACACACACCUCUGGAACAUUUGCAACUCUUAUAGCACAUAAACUUGUAAGUAAAACCCAUGAAUUUAUACAAUACAGCAAUUAUAAUAAAAAGAAAAAAAGAAAACAAAAAAAAGAGAGAAAAUAAUAGAUACACGCUCCUUUAAAAGAAAAAUAGAGAAAAAUUAGGAAUGAAAUACGCAGUUUUAGAUGAAAAAAACUAAUACAUUAUUGUAUAUAGUAAGAAGAAAAAAGAGAAACUACCACAACAGCAACUCCUCGACUUCCUGAAAAUAUAAAGACACAAUAAACCACUACUGUUUGUUGGUCCGUUACGUUUCCUCCUUUUUUAUUCCUAACUUUUUUUCUUUUUUUUUUCUGGUGACUCUUGAGAACAAUCACAAUAAACACACUCACACACACACUGGGACUCUGAAGAGGAUAUUUGUUGUUUUUUUUCCAGCUGUUUUUUUUUCUUUGUCUUUUCUUUUUAAAGCUUCAAGAGAAAGCAGGCACAAUGUCACAAAUAACUGACUAACUCUCUUUCUGUGUGUGUGUGUGUGUGUGUGUGUGUGUGUGUGUGUGUGUGUUGAAAUAUGGACUCAUGGCUACCAGCAGAAGGCCUUCAGACUGAAGUGUCCCCUUCAAACAACCAUUUCUUUUUAUUUUAGUUCUUUUUUUUUCAUUAUUUUUUUUGCUUUCUGUAUAUCGUGUGUGUGUGUGUCGCUUUGGUACUGAAACCUGAAAGUUGAACCACCUCUGUAUAGUUGCAGUAUUAUUAUUAUUGUUUUUAUUAUUAUUAUUAUUAUUAUAUAAAGAGCUAAAAGUUGGGAUGAGUUGAAAUAACAAGAACUUCUUUCUUCUUCUUUUUCUUUUGGGUCACACCAGUAAAAAAAACAAAAGCAGUGCUCGUUAAACACGUGAGGAAGAAAGUAGCUUUUUUCUUUUUUAAUCUGUUAAUUCAAGUUUCACAGAGACAAAUCAUGAUCCAAACCUUUCCAUCUAUAUAUAUAUAUAUAUAUAUGAUAAUCUUGGGGCACUCUGGUGAUUUAAGAAGCAAAUCAUUGCAUAAAUAUAUAAAUAAAUGCAACAUCCACAUCACAUUCGGACACUUGUUGCAUGUUACACAACAUUCUAUCUAUUCCUUUUAUGUCUCGUUACACUGACUCUCAAAAUAAAGGCCCCCAAAAAUACACACAUAUACAUAUAUAUGAUGGGAUUGGCUCGCUCUCCUUUCCGUCAUCAGCAGCUCUUUAAAACACAGAGGUGUGUUUCACAGACGACGAAUAUCGGACCUAAUUGUAAAUAAUAAUAGUAAUAAAUGUGGAGCCUUUUGAGAUGCAGUGUGCAAGGACAUUAGUGUGUGUGUGUGUGUUUUAAAAAGCAGCUGCAAAUUAGAUGAUAUUAAGAUUUGUCCCAUGUUUAUAGUAUUUUUUUGUCAUUUCCCCUUUAAGAUAAAAAAAGUCUCAUGAACCAAAAUCUGUAGCAUCUUUUUUUUCCUUCUUUUUUUUGAGACUUUGCUGUUUAGAAAUAAACCAUUAAAUAAAUAAAAUAACCCAAAUAUUAAAAAGCAGACAGUUUACAAUUUAAAGGAGCACUGAUGGAUGACUGCUUUUUUCUUCCUUUUUUGUUUUUUUUAAAAAAUUAUUUUUAUUUAAAAAUUUGGCAAAAGAAAUGUGAAAAUGUGAGUAAACAGUGAGUCCUCCAUUCCAUCCUUCCUUCAUCCUUCUCUCUGUUGGUCUUGUAUAUGCACACAAUCACAUAUACUGCUAAUAAAUGCCUUUUUUUUCUUUUUCUCUCUUCCUUUUUGAUGACUCGAGCCCCCUUCUUCUUCCUCCUCCUCUCUUCUUUCUUCCCCCAAAAAUAGAAAUGUUUGCAACAGAGCUGUGUGUGUGUGUGUGUGUGUGUGUGUGUGUGUGUGUGUGUGUGUGUGUGUGUGUGAGUGUGAGAGUGUGAGAGUGUGAGAGUGUGAGAGUGAGAGUGUGAGAGAGAGAGUGUGAGAGAGAGAGUGUGAGAGAGAGAGAGUGUGAGAGAGAGAGUGUGAGAGAGAGAGUGUGAGAGAGAGAGUGUGAGAGAGAGUGAGAUCCGACCACGUGUUUUAUUGUCAUCGUUGUUACUGUCGAGGUUUUUUCAGAAUAAUGGUUUGACAAUCUGGAGUGUCAUCUCUCACCCUCACCCCUUUUUCUUUCUUUUUGUUAGAAAAUGGAAAACAGAAACACUGGAAUGUCAAAAGCUUUUUUUAGAAUAAAAAAAAGGUAAAUGUGAGAGGUUUUUUUGUUUCAAGCUGCUUUUGUUUUUUGGUCAUAUAUGAUGAUGAACUGAUUAUUUUUUAGGUUGGG